UCCGGUCCCUUGAUAACCGCGCGCAUAUUAUUUUUAUUUAGUUUUUACGAUCCGUCAUGGUACUAGUUUGUUUUUAAACUCGUUUUACGAUAUUAUAUUUUUCUACCCGACACCAUCAUCAUCAGCAUGAUGCUGACGACGUGUCGCCGGUGGCCCGGGCGUUUACCCAGGACUUGCGGCGCGGUGUACAACUUACACUCGGCGCGAUGCAGGCACUCGUCGACCGAGGCCGGAAAUGGUUCGGAUUUUAAAGACCGGUCUGACGUGGAACGACUGCUGAAUGACGCGACCGUGCCAGAGGAGUCAACUGUCAUAGGGGACAUCGAGAACUGGACCACUUCGCCGUAUCCAAAAGGUGCGUACGUGCCACACAAGAAUCAAUCUCAGAUGCAGCACGCACUGCGACCCAAAGUUGAUCCAAAGGAGACAUCAAUACUCAUGUUUCCCGGUCAGGGUACCCAGUACGUAGGAAUGGGCAAAAAUCUACUGGUGUUCCCACAGGUCGUGGACAUGUUCAAUGCGGCCAGCGCAGUGCUCAAGUACGAUCUUCUGAAACUUUGUUUGGAAGGACCAAAAUCCAAACUUGACUUCACCAUCUACAGUCAACCAGCCAUUUUUGUAUGUUCUUUGGGCGCUGUUGAAAAACUGAAAGAAGAACAACCCAGCGCUAUUGAAAACUGUAUGGCCGCUGCUGGUUACAGCAUUGGGGAAUUUGCAGCUCUCACAUUUGCUGGUUGUUUUUCAUUUGAACAUGCUGUGAAAUUAGUGAAAGUGCGAGCUGAAGCAAUGCAUUAUGCAUCAGAAAUUGAACCAGGUGGAAUGGCUAACAUUUACUUAAGGCCUGAUUCUAAAUUAAAUUAUGCGCUAAAAAUGGCCAGAGACUGGUGUCUAGAUAAAGGAAUCGAAAAACCUGUGUGUGCCAUAUCAAAUUAUUUAAACCCAGAUUGUAAAGUAGUAGCUGGACAUUUAGAAGCUUUAAAAUACUUAGAAUUAAAUCUGAAACAGUACAAUCUAAGAAAGAUGCAAAGGUUAAAUGUUUCUGGUGCAUUUCACACUGAUCUUAUGCGGCCUGCUGUUGAACCGUUUGCAGCAGCACUUAAAAAAGUUCAAAUCAAUGAACCUAUAAUAGCCGUUCAUUCAAAUAUUGAUGGAAAACGUUAUCAUAAUAGUUAUAAAGUGUUUCAUAAUUUGCCCAAGCAAAUAUACAGACCUGUUAAGUGGGAACAAACAUUACACAUAUUGUAUGAACGUCCUGUCGGUUCAAAUUUCCCUGAUACUUUUGAGUGUGGACCAGGCUCAACCCUAAAGUCUUUGUUAAAAACUGUUAAUUCUAAAGCACAUAAUUCAUGUUACACUGUUAACAUUUAAUAAUAUAUAAAUAAAAUUUAUAUUAAGUAAAAUAAAGUUUAUUUUAAUAAUAA